AUGUCAUUUUUUGAUGAUUCUAUGUCAGAUGAAUCCAUAAGGGAUAAAUUUGAUGAGGAGAUCGAAGAAAAGGAAUAUGAAAAUUUUGAUAAAGAAAAAAAUAAUAAUGAAAAAAAUAAAUUACAAAAAUAUAACAUUAUAAAUGAUGAAAUUCAAUCAACUACUAUAAUAAAUAGAAACCCCCAAACAAACAAGAAAACACUAAAUAUAAAAGGCGAAUAUCACUCUUUUAAGCUUCCAAAAUUUUUAGAGGUAUGUCCUGAUAUCGAAAAGAAAAAGGAAGCAGAAAAUGGUGGCGAAAAGAGUGGCGAAAAUGGUGGCGAAAAGAGUGGCGAAAAGAGUGGCGAAAAGAGUGGCGAAAAUGGUGGCGAAAAUGGUGGCGAAAAGGAUGGGGGAAAAAGUGAAAUAUCCCAAGCAGGGGCAAAUAAAAGUGCUGUUAUCUCAUGGUCUUUUGAUGAAAAUUUAUAUACACAAAUAAAAGAGAAGAAAAAUAUAAAUGAUUUAUUUGAAGCCGAAAAAGAACAAAAUAAAAUAAUGAACGGAAACAAUAAUCAAGAAUGUUUAACAGAUGAUAGCGAAUUAAAUAUAUCUGAUUUGGACGAUAUUUAUGAAAAAUAUGAUGUAGAUAAUAGUGAUAUUAUAAGUGUUCCAAGUAAUGAUGGAAAUAGUAACGAAGAUGGCAACGAAGAUAGUAAUGAACAUGUUUUAUUGGAAAACUUGGAAUUUUUAGAAACUAAUUCAUUUAUUGUAGAAUAUGAAGAUGGGAAGAAAAUUCUUUUUGUUGAUAACAAUCCAUAUAUUUUAGAAGAGGAUAAUGAGUUGAAUUAUUUAAUAGAAUGUACAGAUGAAAAUGUUUUAUUAAUACAUGGAAAAAUUGGUAAAAAAUUAUUUAUUAAAACUAUAUCAAAAGAAGAACAAAUUCCACCACAAAAAUUUAAACCACCUAAAGAAAAUAUAUAUUAUUCACUUAAUGAAAAUACAUAA